ACAUUACGACAGGCAUUAGGCGGUCGCUCUUUGAUUCUCGAUAAUUGUGCUUCCAACAUGAGGUUACUAUCGUCGUUGUCAUCCAUUCAACAAAUUCCCAAAUAAAAUAUUGAAAUACCAAUUGAAUUUUUAACACAAAAAAAGAAUAUUAAUCUCGGCCCAAUUUCCUGUAAUUUUAUUUGUUUUUUCUUUGUUACUUCUCUUAAUUAUUUUGUUUUAAUCUUAUUUCAAUUUUAUUUGUUUAGACACCCCGAGGACGUAUGUCAAGAACCUCUUUUCGAAGAUCGUCAUUCUCGAGGGCCUCAUCUUUGUCCGACUCCCCUCCACCACAUCCGGCAGCGACGUAUGGCCUACAAUUUGAUGCAGCUAUCAAAAAUGAAUAUCUUCUGGAGAAUAUUAUGCGAGGCGCCAAUGGCGGACACCAUCAGAACGACCAGGCACACCAUCAAAGUCUAAAUCAACUGCAUACCCUUGGCUCGGCUACAGGAAAUAUGGGAAGUUCAGGACACAAUAUGCACCAUCAGAUGUCGUAUCACAAUAUGUUCACGCCGUCCCGUGAUCCAGGCACCAUGUGGCGCUGUCGCUCGUGCGGCAAAGAGGUGACAAAUCGCUGGCAUCAUUUCCAUUCCCACACAGCCCAGCGCUCCAAUUGUCCCUAUUGUCCGGCCACAUACAGCCGCAUUGACACUCUGCGUUCACAUUUAAGGGUCAAACACUCAGAUCGACUCCUCAAAUUGGGUUCCUCGAUGUAAGCAGCCGGCGGUCAUCGCUUAACAAGCAGCAGAACUCUAUCUCUCUCUGUCCGGGGGAACCCUUAAUACUAGCUAUAACAUAUACACAUACACAAUUUUCUUUUCUAUAUUUUACUUUUGUUUUGUUAAAAACACACACAACUUUACAUGUAUGUAACCUUAAUAUAAAAACAACAACAAAAACCAAAAUAAUACUAUUAACACAUGUGACGUCACAAGAGAAACCUACUAGAAAUUCAACUACAUGAGAUUAGGUUAAGUCUUUUUUUAACAAAAAUGCGAAGAAAAAAAACGCAAGAAUUGGGUUCUUAUUUUAGAUGCCAAAUAGAAGCAAGUAUGGAUAUUUCAUCAUAACUAUUGAAAGCAACAAACAACCUAUGUAUGUCCAUAAGUUUACUUAACAAAACUACAAACAAAAUGCUGUCGAUGUUCCCAAACGCUCCCCCUUCCCUCAAAUCGGCUUCUAAACAUAAACAUAACACUAAUGUAUAUCCCCCCCCCCACACGAAAACCCACAUUUUGAUGCUAUUGGUAAAAUAACACUAGGAAUAGUUAUAAACAAUGUACUAACAUUAUACUUUAGAUGAUAUUCAUUACUUUUUUGUUUGUUUUAAUAACAAUAAUAAUAAUAAUUAUAGCUGUGAGAAAAAAUAACUUUGUAAAUUUGUUGUUUUCGUAAAUUGUAAGUUCAUUGUUUGCUUGAAACACAAAAACAGAAAAAUAUGUAAUUUAAAGAAAUUUGAUUUUAUAUUUUGUUUUUGUAUAGAUUUCUUCGAAAUGUCUUUUGUUUUAAUUUCAAAAUUACAAUGAUUUAGCCUUGUCCAAUCGCAUUUACGCUUGUUUCGUUUAAAACGAUUAACAUACAUACAUACAUAGGAUAAUACCAAAUAUUUAAUACAAUAACUAUAACCAGAAUAAUGAUAAUU